AUGAUAAAAGGCCUCUUGCAUAUGGGACACUGGAGCACACAGUUCACUGGCCAUAGCCAUUUCCAUCCUGAACAUUGCAUCUAUUAUGGGAGCUUAACACAUUUUCCUCAACCUAAUGUCCACUCAGCGAUUCCUGAUCUGGGAACUACUUCUAAUUUUAAUCUUCAACAUAUACCAGAACCUCAUGAUAGUGCUCAAUUCUAUGGGAUUACACAGUACAAUGGUGCGCAACAUCAGCAUCCAGUCUCGAAUCUUAAUUUAACUGUUGCUGCACCAACUGCUCUGUACUAUCCAUAUAUGGCACCUCCAUAUGGUAUUAGAGAUAUUUCUGUUCCAGUAAAUAACGGGGCACACAAUCAGUUGUCACUUGCAAGCACUCAGAGAAUCGUUGGUGUUCCGACAGUCAGCUAUGGGAGCAACAUUGCAUACAUGGAUGGGAUCAGAGGUUCACUUAACAGAAAGAAUGCUGAAGGGGUUCCUGUAAAUUGCCAGUAUCACAAUGUUUCAGCAGGCUCUAGUUCUUCUGUUGCUCCUAUGACUGUCAGGCCAGCAGAACAUGAUGUUGCUUCAUUGAAUGGUACUUCUUUUCAACCAACUGAGCAUGGAUCGAAUGAACCGAUGACAUCAAUGUUGGAAAAUGAAUUUCAGAGAAGUGUGAGGAACAGAUCUGGUAUUAUCCUACCUGAACCUGUCCUGGCGAAUAACUUUAGCCAUUUGAUUCAAGGAAGUUACUUCCCUCUACCUGUUCAGGUUCCUAGCACUUUUGUGUGGACCCAAGCUCCCAGUAUACUCUACAUGCCUGUAAGUGUGAAUGGAGCUUGUGUUGAAGCUGGGAAUGUGGGCAUUCAAGGAUAUCAAGUAGCUGCUGGUAGCACAAAUGCCUCUAGUUCUCAUCCUUCCAUUCCUCAAGGCCACCCCAAUCUCCAUUAUCUACCUCUACCUAUGCAAGGGAUUGGAGGAUAUAACAUUAACUUCCCUUCACAAGUGGCUACAUCUUCAUACCGAAUCUCAACUUCUUCAAAUACCAACAGCAGUCCUUAUCAGGGUGUUAUCGGUGCAGAGUUGCUAGCACCUGUUCCACUAACAGGCUUUCAGUUGUACCAGCCGCAACGAAGAGAAGUCAUUCUUGAUCCAAAUGAAAUGGCCAUGCUAAACAUUCCUGGCUAUCGUGAAGCUGGAGUACUCAUUGAUCAACACCGGGAUAUGCGUCUAGAUGUAGAUCGCAUGACUUAUGAGGAGCUUCUUGCGCUAGAGGAACAGAUUGGCAUUGUAGGCACUGGACUUUCUGAAGAAGACAUUCAAAACAGGUUGAAAACAAGAACUUUCUCCUCAUUGGCAACAUGUUUAAAUCACAAAAAGGCAGCACAGGUGGAUCAGCAAAGUAAUUUCUGCGUCAUAUGCCAGGUUGAUUUUCAGGAUCAAGAAAACGUUGGAACUCUCAACUGCGGGCACGAAUAUCAUGUAGACUGCAUAAAGAAAUGGCUGCUCAUGAAAAAUACUUGUCCCAUAUGCAAAUCCAAAGCAUUAAAAUAG